ACGAGAACCUGACAGCCAAGAAGAAGAAAGUCAAUCCACCAUAUUUUUCGCAAACUCCAGCCAGGCCAUCAGCGUAUAGUCAGUUCUGAAAGCCGUGCUUUCCGACCGAGUGUUCUUUAUUUCCGACUUAAUUGCGUGUGUUCUGUUGUGUUUUUCCGUUUUUCGACUUUUUCGGUCGAGUCGAACCAGUUUGUUCCGUUGUGUGUAGUUUAAUUUGCUGACCGAAGUUUAACACGGCCGUAUUUUCUGUGCUGGAGGUUGCCUGGUGCAACGGUUUAAAGACAGGAAUUUUUGCGAUUACGCAUCACUCGCUCAUAAUAGAAGACGGAAAAUCGGAUUCGGGUGGGCAAACGUUUGGAACGACUAAGAGGAAGUGCAUUUUCGUUUAAGCGGAACUCGGAGGUGUUGAUUAGUAACUAGAAGUCAUGUCUACCGCCAAACCAGUCGUCGACCCAGUGGAAGUGGAAGGCGAGGAACACGAUGCCAACUACCAACCUCCGCCUCAGAAAACCAUCGAGGAAAUUGUCGCCGCCGAUGCCGAGGACGAAAGCUUACGAAAGUACAAAGAAGCUCUGCUAGGCGAGGCGCAAAGCGAAAAGAUCAUCUAUGAUGACUCCGAUCCCCGCAAGGUUAUCGUCAAAAAGCUCUCGCUGCUUGUGGCCGACCGUGAUCCGAUGGAGCUGGAUUUGUCCGGUGAUGUGUCCAAGCUGAAAAAGAAUGUAUUUGUGAUCAAAGAGGGCAUCCAAUAUAAGAUUCGAAUCGAUUUUGUCGUGCAGCGAGAGAUCGUUCACGGACUGAAGUAUGUUCAGAAAACAUACCGAAUGGGUGUGCCCGUGGACAAAAUGACCCAGAUGGUCGGUUCAUAUCCGCCAAAGAAGGAAAUCCAAAGCUACACCACCCCGUUCGAGGAGGCACCGUCCGGAAUGAUGGCCCGCGGGACUUACUCGGUCACUUCUCUGUUUACCGAUGACGAUAAGAACGAGCAUCUCAAAUGGGACUGGAGUUUUGAGAUUAAAAAAGACUGGCAGUAAACAAACUUAUUUUGAGAGCAAAUGUGCGCGCGGUGUAAAAAAAAACUAUCUAUCAACAAGUUAAUAUUAUAUACAAACUGAUUUGCUAAGACUAAAAUUAACAACUCGUAGUGGAGAUUAGUAAGAAGAAGAAGACGGGUUAUAGGCUUUGUUAAGGUGCGCCUAGUACCAGGGACAGACAGGUAGAUUGUAAAGGGAGACAAAUAUAUUGUAUUAAUGAGCGCCCUCGUGAGAAAUUUAACCGACGCUUCCAAAUGUAGUCAGGUGUAGUAUACCCAGUUUGCAGUUUACAAACGUAUGAUAGAACUAUGAAAGUAACAGAUGUGAGGAAAUUUGCUCCCAUAAUAGCAAGCGGAAUACAACAUUGUUCAGCAACUGCAAACUAACUUAAAGAAAAUGUAACUGUUUUACGCCUUGUGUCUAUUAUCAUCAUUGCUACGUAAUUCGUUUGCUAUGCAAAACCUCAAAGCACGCUAUAUAAUGGAUAGUAAAUGUAACUGCUUCCGCAACGUUUCGUCACGGUAUUAAAAUGAUGGUAUUAUUGUCGUUUCCCUUCGUUUAAUCGUUCUCUGAAGGAUUCCGUGAUUAGGGUACAUUUUCCCAAUCAAAAUGCGGCAAGCCUGUGUAGUCACCAGAUGUUUUUUUUUGCUAAUUUUCCUGUUUUACUUGCGUGUAUCACUACGAGUCAUAUGAACGUUCUGCCAAAAGUCUGCUUCAUAAAGCAAUAAAAUCGUUAAAACAUUCAAAGAAACAAGUGUAUAUCCAAAAGUGCUACCUUUUUUAUAUAAGAUUAAGAAGAUAAGCCGCAAAUAAUAAUCAAUUUGAUCCAGGCAAAAGAAUGUACAAUUGAGUAAUAAUAACAAAGAGAAAACCGUUGAGUAGACUUGUUCCAACAGUUCAUUGUAGGGCAAUACACAAAAACCAUAGUGCUUUCUAGCAACAUUGCGUUCAUUUUAACACCAACAAUCAAUUCCCAAUCGGGUGGCCAGAAGUUGCAUUUAUGACAAUAUUAUUUUGAAUUAUCUAUAAGCCUUUUCAAUUAGGAUCCAAUUACUUUGGCCCCAAAUGGUAGUUACAAAAUGCAUUACAAUAUGAAUUUAAGCAUUAUUGACAGUAAAGAGACCAGUCAACAAAACGUAAUAAUUAUCUAAUUGUGCAGCAAGAAAUGGUAAUAUUUACAGUACAUACACACCAAAAGCCUGAACCGAACAAAACCAGCUACAUCAGUAGUGCAUGUAACUAAAAGAAUAAAGUCAGUUUUGUGCUCAACAACAUAGUUCAAACGAAAGCAAAUA